AUGUCGUGUAAAAACAAACGAAAUUACGCAACUGACGUGUCAACAAACGAUAAAAAUCGUGUUGAAAAAGCUGCGGCAGCAGAAAAUUCGUCUGUUAACAAUCAAAUACUUUCCAAGACACUGAAAUCAAAUGUUAUUGAGGACUAUUGGCAUGAUAUCGACUCUUAUAUUCAAGAGCCUGGCUUCUUUCACUUUGGGGGCCCGGAUUCUCUGUCCACAAUAAGGGACCCAAAUUUCAUACGAAAGUUGAUUUCCGGUGCUAUUAGUAAAAAGCGAACGGAAGGAGACUUAUUACCCAGCAUCUUUACCAAAAGAUGCUGUGAGCUAUACGAGAGAUUGGAUAAGGAAGGAAGAAUAAUGUUUAUGGAAGUGUUAGCUCGUGAAUUUGGGGUACCAAAAGAUGACUCAAUCAAAGCUGCACAAAACUACAUUCAAGCUGUUGGAGAAGACAAGACAGCCAAUGCAGUGUUUCGUGCCGAACAACUACUUCGCCACGUUUUAGUACCUUAUCAUAGUAUUUUCUUUGAACGAGUGAAUUAUUUGCCAGAUGGGAUAAAGUUUCUGUUAGACUUGCGCACGGAAUUGCUGACUGCUAUUAAUGAGCGAGAACAUGAUGAUACGUAUUUGUUGUCACUAAAUGAUUCGUUAAAGGAAAAACUUAGAGGUUGGCUGCUUGGAUUUUCAGAACUUGAGCGAAUCACGUGGAAAUCACCAGCAAUAAUUUUGGAAAAGUUGAAAGAACAUGAACGCGUCCAUGCUAUACAAGGAUGGCAGGAUCUGAAAAGGCAGACGAGUAGGACCUGUAUGCCACACGAACCUCUUGUUUUUGUACAAGUAGCGUUAACUAAUGAACUAUCUGGAAAUACUAUAUUAAACGACCCGUCACCCAUGACGCCUGAUCAUCCUCAAUUUGCAAUCUUUUAUUCGAUAACCAGUCAGCCUGGUCUUUCGGGCAUUGACUUAGGAAGUUUCCUGCUGAAGCGAGUAAUAAUUGAAUUACAAAAAGAAUUUCCCAGCAUUCAUACUUUUUCUACACUUAGUCCAAUUCCUGGAUUCCGUCAUUGGUUAGAAACAACUCUCGAACUUGAAGGCACUAAUAUCUUUUUGAGCGGCGAAGAGGAUCGAAUAAAGACACUUGCGAGUCAUGUAUCAAGUGAUUCUGCAAUUGAUGACGUCAAAAUACUAAAAGAUAUUCUAAGGUUAAAUGAGUGGGCACAUAAUGAAACGAUUAGUGAGAUUUUGAAACCUAUUCUAUUGAGAUUAUGUACCAGGUACAUCUUGACCGAGAAACGUCAGAAUCUAGCACGUGAUCCUGUUGCCAACUUUCAUAUACGAAACGGCGCAUGUGUACAUCGAACAAACUGGCUAAGCGAUACUUCAGACAAAGGAUUCGAGCAGUCAUUUGGAAUCAUGAUCAAUUAUAAUUACGUGACUUCUCGAAUCGAAGGCAACAACCAAAAAUAUCUUCGUGAUGGAACAAUCACCUUGUCUUCUAAUGAAGAUUUAUUUUUGAUUGAGGAAGCUGCGAGAUCGCCUGCUAAGAUUGAGCUGUUUAUAGAGUCAUAG